AGGCGGGGCCUCAGACGGGGCGGGGCGGGGCCUAGUGGCUGCUCUGAGCGGAGCUGGUGUCCAGCGGGGCCGCGGCUGUUCCUCCACGCGCAGCCCCGCACCUGCUGCCCUCGUCCGGCCCGGAGCUCCGCGGCCAUGCGGCUGGCGCUGCUCUGGGCCCUGGGACUCCUAGGCGCGGGCAGCCCUCGGCCCUCCCCGCCACUGCCAAAUAUAGGAGGCACUGAGGAAGAGCAGCAAGCCAUCCCAGAGAGCCCCCUGAGUGGAUCCUUGGAGAGCCAGGUUGUUCAGGACAGCCCCCCAGUGAGCCUAGCAGAAGCGCUUCAGACUGGUUUACCUGAGGCCCUGAGGAUUGCAUUGGAGCUGGACGGUGAGAGUCAUAUCCUGGAGCUUCUACAGAAUAGAGAUCUAGUCCCUGGCCGCCCAACUCUGGUGUGGUACCAACCUGACGGCACCCGGAUGGUCAGUGAGGGGUACAAUCUGGAAAACUGCUGCUAUCGAGGACGAGUGCAGGGCCACCCCAGCUCCUGGGUCUCCCUCUGUGCCUGCUCUGGGAUCAGGGGUCUGGUAGUCCUGUCCCCAAAGAGAAGCUAUACACUGGAGCUGGGACCUGGAGAUCUUCAGCGUCCUCUUGUCGUCUCUCGGGUCCAAGACCUCCUCUUGCCAGGCCACACCUGUGCCCCUAGCUGGCAUGCCUUUGUGCCCACUCGGGCAGGGCCAGACCUUCUGGAACAGCAUCACAUUCACAGGCUUAAGCGGGAUGUAGUGACAGAGACUAAAAUUGUUGAGCUGGUGAUUGUGGCUGAUAAUUCAGAGGUCAGGAAGUACCCUGACUUCCAUCAGCUGCUGAACCGAACACUAGAAGCGGCUCUCCUGCUAGACACAUUCUUCCAGCCCUUGAAUGUCCGGGUAGCACUUGUGGGCCUAGAGGCAUGGACCCAGCACGACCUGAUAGAGGUGAGCUCCAACCCAGCUGUCCUGCUAGACAACUUCCUCCGCUGGCGCCGGACAGACUUGCUGCCUCGACUGCCCCAUGAUAGUGCCCAGCUGGUGACUGUUACUUCCUUCUCUGGGCCUAUGGUGGGCAUGGCCAUUCAGAAUUCCAUCUGUUCCCCUGACUUCUCGGGAGGUGUGAAUAUGGACCACUCCACAAGCAUCUUAGGAGUUGCCUCCUCCAUUGCCCAUGAGUUGGGCCACAGCCUGGGUCUAGACCAUGAUUCGCCUGGGAACAGUUGUCCCUGUCCAGGUCCAGCCCCAGCCAAGAGCUGCAUCAUGGAGGCCUCCACAGAUUUCCUACCAGGUCUGAACUUUAGCAACUGCAGCCGACAGGCCCUGGAAAAAGCCCUCCUCGAUGGAAUGGGCAGCUGCCUCUUCGAACGGCUCCCCAGCCUGGCCCCUGUGUCCUCUUUGUGUGGAAAUAUGUUUGUGGACCCUGGAGAGCAGUGUGACUGUGGCUUCCCAGAUGAAUGCACUGACCCUUGCUGUGAUUAUUUUACCUGCCAGCUGAGGCCAGGAGCACAGUGUGCGUCUGAUGGACCUUGUUGUCAAAACUGCAAGUUCCACCCAGCUGGUUGGCAGUGCCGCCUUACCACAGACGAUUGUGAUUUGCCCGAGUUCUGCCCAGGAGAUAGCUCUCAGUGUCCCCCUGACAUCAGGCUUGGGGAUGGUGAGCCUUGUGCUGGUGGAGAGGCUGUGUGUAUGCAUGGGCGCUGUGCCUCCUAUGCCCGGCAGUGCCAGUCGCUUUGGGGACCUGGGGCCCAGCCUGCUGUGCCACUUUGCCUCCAAACAGCCAACACUCGGGGUAAUGCCUUUGGGAGCUGUGGACGCAGCCCCAGUGGUAGCUACGUGCCUUGUGCUCCUAGAGAUGCCAUUUGUGGGCAACUACAGUGCCAGUGGGGUAGGAGCCAGCCUCUGCUGGGCUCAGUCCAAGACCGGCUCUCUGAGGUUCUGGAAGCCAAUGGGACACAGUUAAACUGCAGCUGGGUGGACCUGGACCUGGGCAAUGAUGUGGCCCAGCCUCUCCUGGCUCUACCCGGCACUGCCUGUGGCCCUGGCCUGGUGUGCAUUGGCCAUAGAUGCCAGCCCGUGGAUCUCCUGGGAGCACAGGAAUGUCGAAGCAAAUGCCAUGGCCAUGGGGUCUGUGACAGCAGCAGGCAUUGCCACUGUGAGGAGGGUUGGGCACCUCCUGACUGCAUGACCCCACUCAAAGCAACCAGCUCCCUGACCACAGGCCUGCUCCUCAGCCUCCUGUUGUUAUUGGUCCUCGUUCUACUUGGUGCCAGCUACUGGCACCGUGCCCGCCUGCAUCAGCGACUCUGUCAGCUCAAGGGAUCCAGCUGCCAAUAUAGGGCAGCCCAAUCCGGUCCUCCUGAACGACCAGGACCUCCACAGAGGGCACAGCAGAUGUCAGGCACUAAGCAAGCUAAUGUGGUCAGCUUUCCAGUGCCUCCCUCCAGGCCGCUGCCACCUAACCCCGUGCCCAAGAAACUCCAGGCCGCGCUGGCUGACCGACCCAAUCCCCCCACUCGCCCUCUGCCCGCUGACCCUGUGGUGAGGCGCCCAAAGUCUCAGGGGCCUACCAAACCCCCACCCCCAAGAAAGCCACUGCCUGCCAACCCACAGGGCCGGCACUCACCAGGUGACCUGCCUGGCCCAGGAGACGGAAGUGUGCAGCUGGUAGUGCCUUCCAGGCCAGCUCCACCACCCCCCACAGCAUCGUCGCUCUACCUCUGACCUCUCGAGAUCUGGCUGCCUCCUGCUCAGUUCUAAGACUCAAAGAAGUGGAACCUCUGCCCGAAUAUCCCCCCAAACACUAGAGGAGCAGGAGCACAGACAAUGCAGUGCCCAGCCCUAAAGAACCACCUACCACCAGGCACUGUUAAGCAAUACCUGGGGACCCACUAAAAUAGCUGCAGCUGGGUGUUGGGGAGGGGCUGAGGCUGGGGCUGGAGUAGGUGGCAGAGGGACAUGAACACAGUCUGUCUCUGCUCUGUUGUAAUAAAUGUGAGGUCUUGGAAUGUGUCAGCUCCUGGAA